AUGCGCCGACGAUCGACGUCGCCCGCGUCGCGCCCGCCCGCGAAGAGGCACCGCACCGACGAGGACGCCGUGCUCGCCGCUGGCGGGCGACGGAUCGCGCCCACGGGCAUCGGACACGGGUGUUUGCACGACGUCGUUCGGCCAAAGGCGGCGGCGACGACAGACGAGACAUCCACGAGCGCACCGAGGGACGAGGGCGCGAUCGAGACGCCGACGAAGCCGGCAAAAUCGUACCCGUUCGAGUUGGACACGUUUCAGCAGAAAGCGGUGGAGGUGCUGGAGCGGAAGGAGAGCGUGCUGGUGAGCGCGCACACGUCGGCGGGGAAGACGGUGGUGGCGGAGUAUGCUAUCGCGAUGGCGAUCAGAGACGGACAGCGCGUGGUAUACACGUCGCCGUUGAAGGCGUUGAGUAAUCAAAAGUACCGCGAACUGCGAGAAGAGUUUGAGGACGUGGGUUUGAUGACCGGGGACGUGGUCAUCAAUCCGAGCGCUUCGUGUCUGGUGAUGACGACCGAGGUGUUGCGGUCAAUGCUAUACAAGGGUGGCGAGGUCAUGCGAGAGGUGGGAUGGGUUAUUUACGACGAGAUUCACUACAUGCGAGACAGCGAGCGAGGGGUGGUUUGGGAGGAAUCGAUCGUUCUUUUGCCGGACAUGGUGAAGUAUGUGUUCCUGUCAGCGACGAUACCGAACGCUCGUGAGUUCGCAGAGUGGGUGUGUAAGACCCAUAACCAGCCGUGUCACAUCGUCUACACGGAUUUCCGUCCGACGCCACUGGAGCACUAUAUAUUUCCCGCGAACGGGGAGGGUAUCUUCCUGGUCAUGGAUCGGCAAUCGAAUUUUAGGGACAGCAACUUUGAGCAGGCAGUCACCGUCAUCUCGGACAGCGGAGGAACAGCCGCAGCGCGCGUGGCGAAUCGAGGACGGGGCGAUGACGGGAAAAACGAAGCCGUAAAUCAAGACAUUUUUAAAAUCAUUCGCAUGGUGGUCGAGCGGAAUUACGAUCCUGUGAUCGUUUUCGCUUUCAACAAGCACGAAUGUGAGAAGAUGGCUAACUCUUUGCACAAGGUCGACUUGUGUGACGACGACGAAAAGAAACUCAUCGACACGAUUUAUUGGAACGCCAUGGACGCACUGUCGGAAGAGGAUAAACGAUUACCGCAAGUUGCGAAUCUACCGAAUCUCUUGAGACGAGGCCUCGGCGUGCACCACUCCGGGCUGUUGCCAAUUCUCAAGGAAGUGAUUGAAAUAUUGUUCCAAGAGGGAUUGAUCAAGGUGCUUUUUGCCACCGAGACCAUGUCCGUAGGCCUGAACAUGCCCGCUCGUACGGUCGUGUUUUGUUCGCCGAGAAAGUUCGACGGCGCGGGCUUCAGAUGGAUCACUUCUGGCGAAUAUAUUCAAAUGUCAGGCAGAGCAGGUCGUCGUGGGAAAGACGACCGCGGUCUGGUCAUCCUCAUGAUGGACGAGCGUAUGGACCCACCGGUGGCGAAGAAUAUGUUGCACGGUCAGUCCGAUACACUUGACAGCGCAUUUCGCUUGAACUAUGCCAUGAUUCUGAACUUGAUGCGCGUCGAGGGCGCGGAUCCAGAAUCACUCAUCCAAUCCUCGUUCGCACAGUUCCAGAACGACCGCGCUCUUCCCGGAAUCGAAGCGAAGAUCGUCGAGAUUGAGAAGGAGCGAGACGCCGUGCAUAUCGAAGAUGAGAACGCCGUUGAUGAAUACGUUAAGUUACAAGACGGCCUCGACGCGAUGAUUCGAGAGCGGAGGGUGGUUACGAACACGCCUACGUACGCUGUUCCGUUUCUUCAACCUGGCCGUUUAGUUAGAGUGUGCACCAAGGUACCUUCGGUGUUCAAUUCAACCGAAGAAGAAGCGAUCAAGAUUCCGGCUCCGGGGACAGAACCAGGAGAGGAUGACGUCGUGUGGGGUAUGAUCGUCUCAUUUGAACGCAUCGGCGGCGGUGGUAAGUCUGGCAAAGCUGCAUACGGCGUCGACAUCUUGGUGCGCACUCGUGAAAACCGUAACGGCAAGACGCCGCUGACGGUAAAAGAUAAGAGCGAAAGAUACGAAAUCGUGCUCCCGAACGACAGUGAUGAAUCGACGGAGCCGCGUAUCCUCCGUUUCCCGCUUGAGCAGAUCGACAUCAUGAGUAGCGUGCGCGUUUACCUGCCGAAGGAUCUGCAUCCGCGAGAGGCGAGAGAUCAAUGCAUGAGCAGCGUAGGCGAGGUCAUCAAGCGAUUCCCAGAUGGCGUUCCCGUGCUCGACUUCGAGAAGGAUAUGAAAAUCAACAACGAUAAUUUCGCAAAGCUAUUGAAGAGAAUUGAAGGUAUCAAAUCGAUGAUGAGGAAGCAUCCGAUUGCUUCGAGCGAGCGCCUCCCAGAGAAACUCUACGCUCAUCGAGAGAAGAGGCAGCUCUCAAUCGCAUUAAAGCAGGCUAAACGAGACGCCAAGGCAGCUGCGGGAUUGAUCAUGCGAGAUAAACUCAAGCAGAUGCGACGUGUGCUGAGACGUCUUGGACACACGAGCGCCGAGGGCGUUGUGCAAACCAAGGGAAGGGUCGCAUGCGAGCUCGCAUCGGUAGACGAGCUCGUCACGGCAGAGCUCAUCUUUAACGGAACUUUCAAAGAGGUGGAUGUGGACAUGCUCGUUGCGUUGGUAUCAUGCCUCGUUUGGCGCGAAAGAUCUCGAAAUGCAGCCAAGUUGAGCGAAAAAACCGCCGAGGUAUACAAUCGCCUGAAGGAGGUCGCACGCAAGGUUGGAAAGCAAAUGGUCGAGUGCAAGAUGCACGUCGAUAUCGAAGAGUACGUGGAUGGUUUCAGAAGUGAACUUAUGGAAAUCAUGAUCGCCUGGUGUAAGGGCAAUAAGUUUGCCGAAAUCAUGAAGAUGACAGAUUUAUUCGAGGGCUCGAUCGUUCGCGCUAUUCGCAGAGUUGAGGAGGUUUUGCGACAGCUUGCCGACGCCUGUAGGGUGAUAGGAGAGAAUGAGUUACAGGAGAAGUUUCUUCUGGCGAGCGAAAAGGUAAAACGCGACAUCGUCUUCGUAGCAAGCUUAUUUUUGUAA